GAAGCUGAAGCAACGUGCGAGGUUAUGCGUUAAGCCUCUUGACGUACGUGUCGUCGGUUUUGUGAAUUUGGUGUCGAAAAGGCGUGGAAACUACCUCUCCUUUAUCCUUUCUCUCGUUCGAGACGGAAUAUUCGAGUUGAAGAGAGGAAAGAAAUAUUUUUUUCGAUCGGUUUUAACGAGUUAUCUCCUACGAUAUUUUCAUCGAUUCGUUAUCUGAUUGUGGAAAUAGCUAAUUUUAGAUGUAACUUUGAACAUUUUUCUUCUUUUCGUCGAUUGCUUGUAAUUGCGUGAUUCUCUUUGUUGUAAUUGGAAUGAAAAAAGUUGAAAAAAAUUAUCUUGCCCGUUACCUUGUAAAUACGUCUUAAUAUUUGAGGUUAACCUUUGCAAUCGAGAAAUGUAUCCCAGACGUUCUUAUAAUAAUUUCGAAAAUUAAUUUCUAUACACUUUCUCCGUUUUAUUAUCUGACGCACAUUCGUUCUUAAUUCAGCUAAGUAAAGAAAUUUAAUUGCUUUUCCUUUGAAUUAAAGAAAUAGAGAAUCUGAAUUCGAUAAAGCUAAGUUAACCUAUACCGUGUUUCCUCCACGGAGAAAUAAAGAUAGAAAGUCGACUUGCAGUGUAUAACCCUUGUAAAUUUAUGAUUCUAGUACAAUAAUAUAUAUAUCAACAACGUAUUUAUCCUACUUACACCAUGCAUUUAACACCAAUUAUAACGAAAAAGAACAUUAUCAAGGAUAAGCAUACUUUUAUCGUGUCUAAACAAAUACGAACCAAUUCUUUCGAUCGACGAAUCGUUUAUCGCGUCCAAAAAAACAAAAGAAAGAGAGGAUUCGAUGGAUGGGAGAUGACAGGAUUUAAUGCGGAAGUUCGUGCGCGAUAACGAAGGGGAAACGAGAUCGAGGAUAAGAGUUGGCGUUCGGAUGCUCGGUUGGAGAGGCGGCGACAACCCGCUUCUUUCCCAUUUGCUUUCGAAACUUUCGCUCAUUGUUAAACGGCUUCACGCUCGAAUUCUCUACGUGGACAUCCCGUUUCGAUCUCUAUUCGACCGACUGUAUGCGACGACAAUCGUGCGUGGAAAAAAGCGUUAUGGCUUUUAAAGAGGGGAUCGUUUCUACUGCGAUUUGCAUUCGAAUGGUGCGGGUACCGUUAUCGCAAUUGAACGAGUUUGUGAACGAUUAGUGAACGAUAUCGAUGAAAUUGAGGAAGAAAAAUGCGAUGAGAUUCGAUCAUCGUUGGAAUCGGAAGACGUGAAGGUGAAAUCGUGAUUCGAAAUGAGAAAUUCGAAGCUCGGUUUUAUAGAAAUUGUGCGAUUGUGCGUAUUUGAUAUGAUAUGAAGCGUAUAUGGAAUAACACGAUAAAAAAAAUUUGGCAACGCGUUUUGUAAAAGCAUUGUAGCGACAGGAUUGUUGUCGCGUCGCGGAAAUGAAACAUCGGUGACAUCGAUCAGUGUUAUGCAAAUUUUAGCGGUAAUAUUCCAGCUUCCGUGUUUUGCUCAUUUAAAUUCACGUGACUCUUUUUUCUCUUUCUCUAAAAAAAGAAAAAUCAAAAGGCAUCGCGCAACAGUCAUUCUUUCGAUGCAUUCAAGGUAAAUACAUUCAGAACCGAUCUCUUCGAAGAACCAGGAUUAUAUAUUUUUCGUAAUAGAAAUAUCCUGAAAUAUUUGAAUUUCGACAACUAAUGAAGUUGCUUCUUUGUUCAAUCAUCGAAUACGCGUAAGACAGUUGGAAUCGAAAAUAUGUUAUUCCAACUUUCUACGUACAAUACAAAAUCAUCGCUCUCGAAAUCCAAACACCUCCAAGCAAACCGAACCGAAGAUCUCGUUCGAGGAGAUCGCGAUACGGCUAUAUCGGUCUUGAAAAUGGCAAAUUUUCACGUUUCAUCGCGAACUUUAUUAAAAGAGGAAAGAAAGGAAAAUAAAAGAGGAGAAUUUUCGAGAAGAGACGGGAGAGCCGGUAGAGCGACGCAAGACCCACGUCACGUCGCGUCCAUCGAGGUGGGGUGCAGCCGUUCGUCGUCGGUUUCACGGCGAACAUCGAAGCGAGUUGCGGCGAGCGAACCGAGCCAGUCAACCUGAAACCGCGAACAACCGCGACAUCGCGUGUCUCGUUGCUCCGCGCGCGCACUCGAUGGCGCCAGCCCUCCUCCUUUUAAACGCCUCCUGUAAACAUUGCGAUUUCGCCGCGGCCACCGAUGGACACACGCGAUUCACGGCGCGCAAAUUGGACCUCGUGGCUGUGAUCGUUGGUUAACAGUGGCGGCGGGAGUGUUAACGCGCGUAGUGUGGAUUUUUCGAAAUCGAGGCCAGGGAGUAAAUAGUAACGAAAGUUGGAAAGAAUUAUUCGCAUCGAUCUUUCGAAUUAAAACACCGACCUUGGGAGGAAAAAAGAAGUGCGCGGCCCCGUGAAGGAAAUCGCGUGGUGACCGAAAUCUCGGCUAAAAUUCGAGGAGGAGAAGGAGGGGGAGGGGGAGGAGGCGAACCGCGGCCCGAAGAGAUCGGAUGGAAAGCGAGGCGAGCUUCGAUCGAUCGUUUCGAAGGAAGGGAAGAAGAACCGGUCGGUGGGAAUCGAGGAUGCGGCGAAAGCUCGAUUCCAAGUUCAAAGGAUAGGUGGUAUCGUGUCGAGCGUGUUUUGCUUUCGCGUUGCUUAUCCGUGGAAAGUCAAACGUAUCGAGGGAAAAGCGAGGAGGGAGGGAGAGAAGGGAAGGACACACGGAGACUUGUUGCACGCCGCGGACUUUCACAUCGUUCUUUCCUCUCUCGAUUCACGAUCACAAAAAUUACUAAUCGUCGGCUAUCUCGUGUACGGGGAGAGAAGGGAAGGAUGAAUCGAUUGUUGAUUUCGAUCGAUCGAUCGUCGUCGAUGAAAAUUGUAAACGCGCGUAAAAUGUGGUGAGGGUGAGAGGGGAGGGGAGAAGAAGAUGGUGGUACGUGGUGGAACUAUAGCCAGCGGGCUACGACGCGACUGUUCGAUUGUCUUUAUAUAAUCGGGAGAACGGAUGGAAUUUUGUUGUUGUUGUUGGACGUGAAAGAAAGAAAGCAAAUGGGUGGAUCUAUGAGGGGAGGAGACGGUUGAAAUUUUUUCAGUGAAAUCGUCGAAGCGAAGUUUUUUUUUCUUUUUUUUUUUUUUUGGCAAAUCGUCUCUUCCGUCUCGAUUAUCGAGAAAGUGAUUUCGAGUGCGCGAAGGUUUGUGAGUUAUGAGAUAGAUGGAUACGAAAAUUGAACGAGCGAGUAUAUAAGUAAACAGGUGAAAUAUGAGAUAGCUGAUAGAAGAAAGUGCUACUUAAAAUAAAUGUUAAUUGAAUGGCAGUGUGUUUUUUUUUCUUAAAAAAAAACUUGAGCCAAAGCUAGAAAAUACUUUGCUUUCACCAAAAUAUAUCCAUCGUGAGAAACUUUAAGUAGCUCGAUACUCUCCAUUCUCUACUGGAAUCUCUCUUGGCAAUGAACGUUCAAUAAACCGAUUAUCGAUUAAUACUUCGAGCAUUCUUUGAAAAGAGUGUAAAAAGAAAAAGAAAGAAAGGAAAAAGAAGAGGAAAAUUUACAUAAAUUCUCAAAUCGUCGAUAUGUAAUUCCCCAAGUUUCAUUAGUUCCCCAAGAGUCCUUAGAAUUUGAUCGAUUGCAACGAAGCUUUGAAAUAAAACGACGGGGAUACGAGCGAGAGAAAUGAAUUAUUCCGGAGAAGCUGUGGCAAAAAAUUAAGAAAGGAAGAAAGCGCGGGAUAAAACGAGACACGAAACGAAGAAACCGGGAACAAGGAUAGGAGAUAAAUAAGAGAAAUACAGGAGGAGGGAAGAAACAUGGAAGAAAUCGAUUAUACAGUGAUCAAUGGCGGAAAAUUGGGCGGCGGACACGUUUAUUGGCUGUGGCGGCCAUAAUAACUACGCGAUAAUAACGCGCAUUAUAUUCACGGCUCGUGCGUCAUAAGGCUUCGGACUGUCGGCACGGCGGUGACAUCGAUUCAGCAGACUGUCCAACGCGGUUAAAAUCUAAUUAUUCGAGCGACCCGUGUGAUGCGCCUCGAAACGAAAACGCGAAUUCACUCGCGUGGAGGAAGCCGACUCCGUGGAACGCCGACUUGUUCCAUCUCUUUUCUUUCGUACAUCAUCGAUCGUUCGCGGUGCGGUGUUAGUGAUCAGUGUCACUUGGUGAUGCAUGUCAAAAUUGGCUUUGGAAUCGUGUCACUUGGAAACACCAACCAGCAGUUUCCCGCAAAAGAUGGAAAGGCCGUCGCAGCACACGGCAAACGUGAGCCAAAUGCACGGAAGUGGUAUGCACGGCGUGUACUCGUCCAGCAGUCAAACAUCACUGACCACGUCUUAUAUCACGGGCCAGUCGUACGUUCAGAGCCAAAACUACGCUCACGGUCCUUACAAUUCAACGUCCAACGUGAGGGUAUACGCUCACGCGGGAUAUAACCAGCCGCAAAGCUACGGCACCAUGGUGCAGGGAUAUGGCGGUCAGCCACAAGCUACAGGGUAUCAACAGAAUCACCUUAAAAAAGGACCUGUACGUAACGGAGACGUGCUGAAGAGAUGCAGGCUACAGAAUGCGUAUGAAUUGUCUCAGGAUCUGCUGGAUAAACAGAUAGAGAUGCUGGAACGAAAAUACGGUGGCGUAAAAGCGAGAAAUGCUGCACUGACUAUUCAAAGAGCUUUUAGAAGAUACACUCUGUUAAAGAAAUUCGCAGCUAUCACCGCCAUGGCGAAAGCAGAGAAACGCCUUAGCAGAAAACUGCAAGAGACAUCGGAGAGAGUUCCAAACGCAAACGAGCACGAAAGGAUGGUUUAUCACAGUCAAAUUUAUAUACAACAACCACAGACAGCAAACAGGCCAAUGCCUAUCAGAAGCAUGUCUCUGAGAGAGAGGAGGCACGUGGAGAACUCGCAGUCACCGAUACCGAGGAGCCAAAGCGGCAGGUGCGAAGUUCAAAUCGCUGGUCAUCCACACGCGAAUCAUAAUAUACAUCAAAGUGGCAGACACACGCCUUCUCUGGCUCCCAGUCCUUGCAACAGACACCAACAAUUACCACCGAGUCCAUGCUGGGAGUCCAGCUCCCAAGAAAGCGGAUCUAGUAUGCAUUAUUACAAUCCACAGGAAACACUAUGUAGCAUCAGACAAGAGACACCGCCGAGAGAUCUACUACGAACACCAUGCACAUCACCAUCGACGCCUCAUAAUCUUCAAACACAAGUGGUUCAAAACUGGAAUAGCGCUGGUCAUCUUGGUUCCGCUGGUAGAACGAGAGGAUCAGCGAAAAAAGUACCGCCGGAAGUGCCAAAAAGAACGUCUUCCAUUACGUCCAGAUCUAUGGAACCACGUCACAAUGGUCUUAGCAAAAGCGUUGAAAAUGGUAGCCUAAGUUCGGUUCAGAGUUCUGGAAGCGAUUCCACUAAUUGCGAGAGUUCUGAAGGAGACGCUCAAAGAGGAUCACCUGUGUGGAAACAUAAAGGAAUCUCAAGUUCACCAGAGCAUCAGGAGUGCACUAACCAUACUACAGAUUCUAACGCUAUGAUAAAUAGCGUAAAAGAUCUUGGUCAUUCACAUGCCAGUUCCGGUUAUCAACUUCCGCUCAUGGAUCAUCCGGAAAAUAUACCUCAAACAAGCUAUAAAGUAUCGGAAACGGUUAGGAAACGUCAAUAUCGAGUGGGCUUAAAUUUAUUUAAUAAGAAACCAGAACGUGGGAUUAGUUAUUUGAUCAGAAGAGGAUUCUUGGAAAAUAGUCCUCAGGGUGUGGCUAGAUUUUUGAUUAGUAGAAAAGGAUUAUCCAAACAAAUGAUAGGAGAAUAUCUUGGAAAUCUUCAAAAUCCCUUCAAUAUGGCUGUACUUGAAUGUUUUUCGCAUGAAUUGGACCUAUCAGGAAUGCAAGUAGAUGUUGCCUUGAGAAAAUUUCAAGCAUACUUUCGAAUGCCUGGCGAAGCUCAAAAAAUAGAGAGAUUAAUGGAGGUGUUUAGCCAACGUUAUUGCCAAUGUAAUCCCGAUGUAGUAUCCAGGCUACGCUCAGCGGACACUGUCUUUGUAUUGGCCUUUGCAAUAAUCAUGCUGAAUACUGAUUUGCAUACACCAAAUUUAAAACCAGAGCGUAGAAUGAGGCUGGAUGAUUUUAUCAAGAAUCUUAGAGGAAUAGAUGAUUGUGGAGAUAUUGAUAAAGACAUAUUAGUUGGAAUUUAUGAGAGAGUGAAAGAAAAUGAAUUCAAACCUGGCUCAGACCAUGUUUCUCAAGUAAUGAAAGUUCAAGCGACGAUAGUUGGUAAAAAACCUAAUAUGGCUUUACCACAUAGAAGAUUAGUUUGUUACUGCAGAUUGUACGAGAUCCCAGAUAUUCACAAAAAAGAAAGACCGGGUGUACAUCAACGAGAAGUAUUUCUCUUCAAUGAUCUUCUCGUUGUGACAAAGAUUCUGAGUAAGAAGAAAAACAGUGUUACUUACACAUUUAGACAAAGUUUUCCAUUGUGCGGAAUGGUGGUUACACUGUUUGAAGUUCCUCAUUAUCCGUAUGGAAUUAGACUCUCUCAACGCGUGGAUGGAAAAGUAUUGGUCACAUUUAAUGCGAGAAACGCACACGAUAGAUGCAAGUUUGUUGAGGAUCUUAGAGAAUCUAUCAGUGAAAUGGACGAGAUGGAAACCUUACGGAUUGAGACGGAACUAGAACGACAGAAAAGCAGUAGAAGCGCUAGAGGUGGUGCUGAAAAUAGAGAUUCUGGAGUGGCAGACGUUGAGAUAUGUCCUUGCCCGGGGCCUUGUUCCGAAAGAUCGGAAACUACCGACAUGGACACUCAAUUGAAACGCUCUGCACUUAGUAAUUCUCUUUUGGAUAUACAUGAACAAUUUGCUGGUGAAAAACCACAGCGACGUGGAAGCGUGGGUUCACUUGAUAGUGGUAUGUCGAUUUCUUUUCAAUCUACAUCUGCCAGCUCAAUGAGCCAAGGCAUUAAACAUCCUGGACAAGUUCAUCCUAUACAUCCAGGGGCUACAAUCCCUGGUGGUGUUAAAGGAUUGGCUCAGCAGCCAUCUUUUUUAGGAGGUCUAUUCACCAAACGAGAACGAAAACUUUCACAAUCGGAGGAAUCCAACCCAUACAGUCGGACUACGGAAGUAUAAUAUAUUCUUUCGGUACUAUCUAAGAAAUAACAGACCGAAAUUCCUCAAAAAAACACAUAGAGUAAUAUUAUCUUACAUAGAAUAUAUUUCAAGUACAUAGAAUAUAGUAUUCAAAAUUUCAUGAGAAAAUAAAAUCAUGUUUAAAAUAUUUUCUAUAUAUUUAUAUAUAUCAUAGCAUUCAUUAUAAUAAUAUUAUGGCUAUGAUAUUAUAUAUAAUUAUGUAGACUAUAGUAAAAAUAUUAAAUCUUGAAUAUAUACAUUUUCUUGUGAAAACUCGAAUAAUAUAUUUUAAGUAUUUGCUGCCAAACAUGACUGGAUAAUUCAAAUAUCCAGUCUUCUUAUUAGAUGGAACACAUGAAUUCUUUUGCUUUCAAUUUUAAGGAAGUAAAUGGAUUUAUGGUGCUUUUAUACGUGAUUAAAGAAGCCAACUUAUCUUCAAGAUAAAGAAAAAAAGACAAGUGAUUCCCUAGUUAAAAUUCAAAAGCGUGCUUCAGGAAGCAACGCAAUGAAGGAAAAGAAGAAGAAAUAAAUAAAAUGCAACAAAAAAUAAGAAAGAUCUAAAAAUAAAAGAUCUAAAAGACCUAAGCAAUUGAAUGUAUAAAUUUAUUAGAUUGGGCAGGAUCCAAUCACAGUCAAAACAUAAAAAAAAAAAUUAAAUUUGGCAAGAUGAUAAAAAUAAAAUAAUUUCUAUAGAGGCGCGUGUAUAGUAUUUAUUCAUUCAAAAGUAAAAAAAAACAUUAAUUUGAUUCAUUUUUCUUAUACUAUUUAUAAUUAUUUCUAAUAGAGAGUUGUAUUCCCUUUAUGUAUGUAGAUAAUGUUCAGUUGGUCAUUUAAACUUUAUAACAGUUAUUGAUAAAUCAAGAUUAUUAAAUAAUGAAUUAAAAUCUUUUUAAUAAUUGAAUCUUUUUAAUAAUUUAAAGAAAAAUUAAAGAAAAAAAAAUAAAAAAGGAAUCGUUUAUGGAAAAAGAGUGGUUCUAGUGUAAUAUCGUGUUCUUUUCGAGCAAGUAUGGAUGUAGCUAUACUUGAACGAUUGUAUAUAAAAAAUAUAUAAUAGAUAUAUAAUGAUAAUUGUAUGAUUACAAUGAUAAUGAAAAUUCUGUAACAAAAAUAGAACCGUAGCCUAAGAAAACUGAUAAGCAAUCUUCAUCUCAAUAUUAGGUGCAUGUCAAUGUUUAACAAAUUUUUAAUAUCACAAUAAUGGACAAACAAAAAUGUAGCAAUCUUUAUAAGCAUUAAUAUUUAAAACCGAAAAAUGAGGCGUUUUUGUUGUAAAAAUACAUAAUUAAAAUGCGAAUGUUUAUGCAAAUGCAUAAAUUUUCAUAGAAAAUAUCUACAACAAUAAAACUUGAAUAGAAAUAUUUUUUUCAUAAUUAAAAAUAUAUUUUUUAUUUUGCAUAAUACAUAUGCUUUGCAUAUUUAUAUUUAACAUAUAUAGCAUGUGCAAAAAUAUAUUGUAUAUGUUAUUUAUGCAUAUGCAUAUAUUAUGUUUAUAUACUUAUAACUUUACUGUAACUUUUCAUUGAUUAACAAAUUAAUAUCAUUCGUAAAAAGAAUUUUUUUUAUUUUUAUAUCACUUCAUAUUGAAGCAUAUUAAAAAAUAUUUAAAAAAAUUAUUUUUUUAACGAAAUCUAUUUUAAUUAGAUAAGAUAUGCAGAUUAAAACAAUAUUAUUUUAUAUUGAAAAUUUUAAGAAGACGAAAAUUUAUCAAAUUAUUUUUUUUAAAUAAUCAAAAAUGAUAAAAUAAAUUUUGAAGCUCUAUCUAUUUAAUUCUAUGUUAAUAAAUAAUUUAAAUUUAAAAAAAGAAUUGCAAUUAAGAUUACAUAAGAAGUAUUCUAACAUAAUGAAAUUAGACAAAAUUUAAUAUUCAUUAAAAUUCAUUUGGAUAUUUUGAUAAAGGAAUUUUUGGUUCUUUUUUCAUUAAACGAUUCAAUAAAGAUAUUUUAAGUGAAUAAUUAUCUUAUUCAUUUAAAAAAUAUUUCUGAUGAUUUCUGAUAAAAAAUAAAGUGAAAUAAAAAUUAAUUAGAAAAAUAUAUAGAAUUUACUGCGUUAAUUAAAAUUUCUCAAAUAUUUUAAUGAAUUCAUAUAAAAAUCGAUAAAUGCGCCACAAUAGAUGCGUCACAAUAUUAAUGAAAUAAAUUUAAAUAUGUAUUAAUUAUUAAUUAUUUAUAUUGUAUCAUAAAAGCAUCAUUUUCCAUAUAAAAAUGAAUUUUUAUCAAUAAAUGUUAUCAUUUAACGCUAUUAAAUUUAGAGAAAAUGCUUGUAAUUUAUUAUAAUUCAAAUAAUUCAAAUCAAGUAUAUCAUAAUAAUUGCAAAACAUAUUCUUAAUAUUUGAUACAUUACAUUAAUAUGUAUACAUAAUACAUUAUAAUACAUUGUAUGUAUUAUAUCUUAUAUUGUACAUUAUAAAUAUGUAUUUUUUACAGAUAUACAAAUUUUUUUAUUCAUAUUUACAUAUUUUUCAUGUAUAAGUAUCAUAUGCUUUUUACAUAUUUAUCAAGCAUAAACAUUCGCAAUCUCAUUCGUCAUGUUUCACAAGUUUUGCUUGAGUAUUCGAAUCUUUAAGCAAUCUUUUUUUUCCAAAGCAGUGUAAGUACUAAUGAAAAAUUUAAAUUAAUUGAGUAGUUGGUUUCUCGUCUCGUAAUGUAUAAAUAAAACUCUCAGCAUCAUCUUAAAUAAUGUUACAAAAAUCUACUAUAAGUACUAUAACUUUAGGAGGCGGUUUAAGAAGAAAACUUGUAUGCCUUAUAUACUGCCACAUCUUAUUGUUAAGAGAUGAGAAACUGACCGAACAUUUUAAAGAUUAUGUAAUAGAAGUCUUUUUGAAGGCUACAGAACUAUAUUUGGAAAUAUAUAUAUUAGUAAUCACAAUAUCAAUUAAUAAUACUUAAAAAAAAAUUUAUUAAUUUCAAUUCAAAAUAAUAAACCAAUAAAAUUUGAUAUGAUAAAUUAUAAUUCAUUCAGAAUUUAGGAAUUUCUUUAUAUCAUGUUUAAUGUUACAUAUUUAAUCGUUUAAUAAUUUUUGUAUAAAUUUUUAAAUUUAUUUUCAUAUUAUUUUGAUAAAAAUCUUAGAAUAUAACUUUUUGUAAUGCUAUUGAUGAGCAUUCUAAUGUCUGAUUAUAAAUUACAUUUCCUUAUGUUUAUAUAGUUUAAAUUCUUCAGCUGUUUCAAAAAUAUGAUUUUGAAUUAAUAGCUUAUUUUUAAUGAAGGUAAAAAAAAAAAAAUACACAUUUAAAAUAAAAAGAAAGAUACAUAUUUGAAAUAAAAAUGAUAGAUUUUCAGAUAUAGUUAAAGUUUUUUACAUUUUACAUUUUAUAUUUCUUAUAUAAAAUUAUAGAAUUUGGCUUCUAUCAUAUUUCUUACUCUAUUUUACAAAUAAAAAAAUAACUUAUAAUAAUUACAUAUUAAAUAUUUAUAAAAUUUAAAAAUAUUUAGUCAUAUUGUUAAAACAAGAAUUGGUAUUAUAUUUCACAGUUGAAAAAAACAAAAUCUUGAGAACUUGAACACAACUGAAAUGAUUGAUUGGUUCAUUGUACAUAAGUUUCCAAACAAGUCUGUAGUCUUCAGCUUUAUUAAAUCUAGUCUUUCUCAUCAGGAGAGUUUUCUGAUUAUAUCAUAAUAUUUGCAAAAGAGAAUAAUAAUUCCAUUAAAGUUUGGCAGAAAAAUCUUAUAGCUUUUAAGGAUAUGGUUUACAAUAAAGAAUGUGAGAUCAAUUUAAUAAAAACUAAAGGAUCGCGUCAAUUUACGUGAAUAAUGAAAUAAAUUAUUCAUUUGAAUUUCUGAAACAAAAAAGAAAUCAGCAUAGAAAUUUUUCUGUGAUAAUCUUAUGAAUGAAAAAAAAAAAAAAGAAAAGACUGAUUAAAAAGAUCAUUUUCUAAGUCGUGUUUAGAGAGAAAUAUUUAUAAGAAAGUUUAAAAAAGAAAAAGGAAUCAUCAUAAACAUUCUUACAAGCUCAUUUAUUAUUUGCUGAUUUCUAUAAAUAUACAUAUGCAUUUCCAUUUUUAUUUAAAAAUGACGAAAUUAUUCAUUAACUUUUACUUCUUGUAUGGAAACAAAAAAACAAGAUUUUUCAAUCAUAUUUAUAAACACAGUUCAGUAUUCUCCAAACUUGUUUCUGCAUAUAUAGUUAUUUUAUAUCUUACAAUAAUUUUAUACAAUUCAAUUGAAUUGUAUAAAAGUGAAGUGGAAGAUCUCAUAUAUAGUAAGUGAAAAAUAUAAAUUUCAAUUUGACAUUAGUAAAAUUAGUGAGAAAUAUUACCAAAGUAGAAAUAUUAUAAAUUCCUUUAGAAUAAUUUACUUCAAAAAAAAAAUCGGAACAGUUUGGGAAUUGCAAGAACAAAAAAAAAGUAGUAACACUAUAUAUAAAGCAAUAUUAAAAACCAUCAUUAAUACGAAUUUAAUAUAUACUCGCGAAUUUAUAAUAACAUUGUUAGAUUUGAUUCAAUUUGACGCGAUCUUCAAAAAAUAACUUGUAAAAAUAGUAUCGAUAAACUUUUAUGCAUCAAAAGAAAAUAUUUGAUGAGAAAGUAAAUAAUUACAUUAUUAAUUAAGAAAUAACAAUCGCUCUUCAUACGAAAAUAUCGCCUCUUUUGUUAAUCUAAUCUGCUGUAUGCACAUUGUGUUAAUAAAGAACUAUGAGUCUGAAACAAA